AUGGUUACAGCCAUGAAACUCUCAAAGAAGUGUGAGGUACUGAUGCAAAGCAAACUUAAUGAGACAGUUCAGAUGGAAAAAGAUUUGAUUAUGGUGAAGAAAGCUAGUAAUGAUGGAAUAACAAGUGAUGAGCGUCUGAUGAAGUUAUCUGCGAAGGUGAGAAGCUACGCUCGAGAUGCUAUUCUGCUUCAGUUUUGGACAAGUUCACGUUAUGGUGUUCUACGUUUCAUUCUCUUCACAUUUAUCGGAUGUGCAAUGCUUUAUGGCGGUUACUUACUUAAUGUAAAUCCGCUCAUCAAAGAAGGCGAUAUAUUUGUUGUAGUUUUAUCAGUAGCACUGAUUGCUUCUGAAAUUUCUGAUAUUAUAAGACAUUAUCACGCAGUUAACAAAGGUGUAGCAGCUGCACUGCAGAUCCGGAAUCUUGCUCAAAGUGAUCAUGAAUUCACGUUUCUUCGAAAAGAUAAUAAAGAUUGUCCAACAGAUCAGAUAACUAUUACGCUUAUUACUGCACCUGAACUAGCCCGACGAAUAGUACCUAGCAAGAACUGCUAUUCUUCUCUUCCAUUCAUCACUUGUACCAAAAAUGUCUUGCGCAAUUACAACUACCACAAAAUUUUUCUGAUUCUUAGUUUGGUGCUCGCCUUUGCUGCUGGAUUAGAGCAACCUUCAUACAAUAUUAUUAUGGAGCGCAUAUUUACCGCUAUUCUUGGCAAUACUUCAGAUAUUCAACUUCUGAUUCGUUGUGCGAUUGCUUUAUCCAUCAUUGGUUUUAGUACGCUACUGACGCGUACUGCAUCAGCAGUUUUGGCAGCAGUGGCAUCAGAAUACAUGGCAGUGUCAUUUCGGGUCAUUUUGGCUCGUUACUAUUUGAAAAGUUCAGCAACAGAUCACUACAGCAAAUCAGAAAUAGAAGCAUUGGUUGAUAAAAAUCAAUCUUUAACAACUGAAGCCAAAUCGCUAUACCACCCCCAUUUAACACAAUUAAUCAUACGAUUAACAUCGCUGAUUGUAAAUAUUACCAUUGGUUUCAUAUCUAGCUGGGAGAUUUCUUUGCUAGGACUUGUUAUCAUUGUUUUCUGCUUCUGCGCGCAAAUUGAAAUGCAAUUUCAAUGCUUGCAUCACUACUGCGACUUUUCAGACACUCAGUUUAUUAAGAAAAAAAACAAGUCAGUAAAAGCAUGCAGAGAUUAUGUUUACAAAGCAGCCAGUCUUUCUAUUGUACAAACGUCAGUACUCAUCUUGAAAGCUGUUUGCUACGCUUUGACAGCAUACAUCUGUAAUCACGGAUACAAACAUCAAUCCCAAGCAUUCUUAAGCGUAAUUACACUCUCGAGCGCUGUUCAGGAAGUUGUUCUACUGCCAAAGCUUUUCAAAAAACUUCACAAGUCUUGGAAAUCGUUAGAUCAAACAUUCGCUUGCAUGCACACUGAAUCAUUUAAAAAUUUACCAUCAAUUCAGAGUAACUUCAAAUCAUAG